ACUUCAUGCGCUGCUGGCGUUGCCUGGACCCCGUAAUAACGGCAACCCAGCUCUCGCCGCCGCAUCCGUCGGUGCUGACGGUCAGGGCGCUGAGGAGGAGGACGGGCGGCCCAGCAAGCGGCCCCGCCGCGGCGAGCAAGCCACGGUGAAGACGGCGGGUGGUGGGCCACCAGGCGGCGGUGAUGGGGGCACGGCUGCUGCUGCUGCGCCCGGUGCUGGUGACCCCUCCCUCGCUGCUCGGCGCUCCGAGUACGUGGCCAGCAUGCGCGGGCUGCAGUUCCGAGAGGUGGAGCUCAUGGGGGAGCACUACUUCAGGUCCGAGGUUGACAAGGCGGGUGCGGGUGCGGGCGGCGAGGUGAUGCGGCAGCGGCUGAAGCGCGUGACGGGCGAGAUCUCGGGGCUGGCGUCGGGCCUGCCGCUGGAGUGGGACGCGGCGGCGUUCGUGGCGGUGGACGAGAGCCGAGUGGACGUGCUGAGGGCGCUGCUGAUCCCCUCCUCUGACACGCCCUACGCCAACGGCGCUUUCCUGUUCGACAUUUUCCUGCCGCCCGCCUAUCCCAACGUGCCACCAAAGGUCCAGUUCCUGACCACCGGCGGCGGGCGGGUGCGCUUCAACCCCAACCUCUACGCCGAGGGCAAGGUGUGCCUGUCGCUGCUGGGUACCUGGGCGGGGCCCUCCUGGGACCCAGCCAUGUCCACCGUGCUGCAGGUGCUGGUCAGCAUACACAGCAUGAUCCUGGUGGCCGACCCCUACUACAACGAACCGGGCUGGGAGAGGCAGGCCGCCACCCAGGAGGGCCGCCGCGCCGCUCGCGACUACUCCAACUCGCAGCGCUACAACACCCUCGCCUUCUCCAUCCUGCCAGCGCUGCGAGCCCUGGAGGCGGCGGCGACUGCGGCAACAGGCGCGGCAGGUGGCAGCAGCAGCGCCAAGGCGAAUGCGCUGGCAGGCGGCUCCACCUUCAUUGACGUCCUGCGCCGCCACUUCACGCUGAAGCGACCCGAGCUGCUGCGACAGUGCGACGAGUGGCAGGCGGAGAUCACGGCGGCUGCGGCGGAGCGAGCCAGCGCGGCAGGCGGCGGAGGGAAGUCCAAGGGCCAUGCGGCGUACGUGCCCGGACAGCAGUCUGCGGAGCAGCUGGUGACCUACACGGCCCAGGUGGUGCCCCAGAUCAAGAGCCUGCUGGCGAAGUUAUGAGACCCGUGGGUCGCCGCGGAGCCUGCAUGCAUAUACACGCGUCGGUACAUGCGCCAUGUGCAUUGGUAUACGGAAAAGGAAUAAGGGCGAGGGCCUUCAGGAGGGAGGCUUUUGGAUGCUCGGCAUGUGCACAUACAUCAACCGAGAUGAGCUUGGGUGCAACAUUCGUGUUUCAUGUGCUGUACAGGGGCUUUGUGGCAUCCAUCACACAUUGAGGGCACAUUGAGGGCAUGUGUCUUCCAUAACAGUCGUACACUGCACUUGGCUACAGUGGAGGUCAUUUACCGUACAUACCGUAUGCGGCGAGCAAUCGCAAGGUUCUUCAUCCUCAUGUGUAUUACCGGUACUUAUUGCAUGCAUAAGGAAUGACAUCUGCCGUGGUCUUGGGAGGUUGGUCAAAAGACCCACGGGUCGCCACUACACUACAGAGCUUCCGUUAGCAGACGCAAACGAUAGGGACACGACCCAAAGCGAGCUGAGGGCCAUCCACAAACAGCGUGAC